AUGGGAGGCAUGGCAGGAUUCAUGUAUCGGCAACUCACAUUCACCCCACAACCGCUAAAGUCCGAUACCUCCCUUGCUGGCAAAAUAGCUCUCAUUACGGGCGGAAACGCCGGUCUCGGACUCGAAGCAGCCAAGGAGAUGGCAGCUCACAAUCUGUCAAGGGUCAUUCUUGGUGUCCGUAGCCUAUGGAAAGGAGAGGCAGCUAAAGAGGAGAUUCUCAGUCGAUCACCGAAAUGCGAUGUGCUGGUCUGGGAGCUCGAUCAGGAGUCUUUCCCAAGUAUACAGGCAUUCGGAGAGCGAGCCGCGCAAGAGCUGGACCGCCUGGAUAUUGUCAUCAUCUGCGCUGGGGUGAAGCUCUUGGAGUUUAUCAAGUCGAAGCCGACGGGACAUGAAAUGAAUGUCCAGGUUCAUUUCUGGACUAAAUUCGAAGCGAAGGAUGCACCCAAUAUUCUCGCCCGCCUGGACGAACCAUCCUCCUUUGGGAAAGGGAUGGACUGUUACAACACAAGCAAGCUCCUGAACAUUAUGUGGUUGCGGGAGCUGAGCUCGAAGGUCGGGCCAAACUUGAUCGUGAACGGGGUGAAUCCUGGUCUAUGUGCGAGCACACUGCAUCGCUCAGAUACCACGCCGGGAAUCAACGGCUUCAACAAAGUGUUUGCCUGGACCGCGGCCCAGGGAGGACAUAAUCUGAUGGAUGCAGCUGUUCAGCAUCCGCAGGCUCAGGGGGCUCAUUUGAGCCAGCAAGCCAUCAAGAAACCAUCUCCUUUUGUCUUGUCUGCGCAGGGCAAGCAAGCACAGACUAAGGUCUGGAAUGAGACAGUCGCGCUACUUCAGGAGCAAUUACCCGGGGCUGACUUGCUGAAGCAUCUUGUGCAAUCGUCCGAGGCUUCCCCAUAG